AUGGGAACUGCCCACAACCAGGGCGCCCCCUCCACUCCAGAUGGAGGGUCCUCGUUGCCUCUUCUAGUGGUGGUUGCAUCUUCCGCAGCUCUGGAGGAGGCAACUCCCUUGGGGGGCCCCCUCCUGCUGCAGACACUCACAGAGCAGCUGCUAUUGCAAUUGGGCAGCUGCUUGCCCGAUGACGGAACAGGGAGGAGUGGGGUCCUCUGCGAAGAGGCACAAGGCUGCAAGUCAUGGCGAUGUUGCCUUCGAACAAAGUACUACACCGCCCAGGUAAGGGCUCUCUUAGUGCAUCCACAGCUGCGGUCUCAGGCGGAACCACCUACAGAGUCACAGCGGAUCUGCAAAAACGAACAAGGGUUGGAUCGCGAUGAGCGUCAGAGGCAGGAUAAUGGAAGUAGAGAGGAGGGUAACUUUACGCCGCUGGCAGCCCCAGAGGCGGUGGUGUUUGUAUGCAGUAGUGACGAGCACCACGAACUACUCGCAAGGCGCCACGUCGUUGCAAAUGCCGCUGAAAGAACAACUGAGGGCAAGCAGCAACCACUUCAGCCCUUACCUUUCAUGAUGAAGAACAUUUUACUACAGCAGCAUGAUCUACAGCAGCAGCAACACCAACACACCCAGAGCGAUGGACAGGAGGUAAACCCAGAAACCAGCGAGUGGUGGGUGCGAAACGUACCCCUAAAGUUCCUUCUCUCUGUCCAUUGUGACAGGAAUAGCCGAUCUUGCAGCUUUGACUGCAGCACGAGCUCCCCCAUUGACCAUGAGGUGGAUACAGCUGUGUGGAUUUUCGGGGGUGACGUAUUCCUAGAGGGAAUGGAGCUUUGCCUUGUUUGUAGAGGCGCAAACUCAAACUCACAUGCUGCCUCUCCGUCUCCGCCCCACAAAUUUGCCGCUGACGCAGUGUCUCGCCAGCAGCACCGCCUCCAGAAAAUCGCCGAAUCGUUGCAGUACCACAUGUGGCCGGGCCUCACUCGCAUUAAAUCUGUGACAGAGAGCGGGUCAAAGGACCGUUCCAGUGUCUUUGGCAGAGCAGUCAAUGACAGGAGAGGCUCAGGGAAUUCCAAUGUAGAGGAUCCUGCACAGGGGCUCGAAGGAGGGGCUUCUCGGCUUGUCCCCGAUGUCUCGGAAGAGGCUCACAACAAUGCCCAUGAGGAGGGGCAGCACUCGACAGACGACGCCGAGGUUUUUGACGCCCUCACUGCAGCUAUGCUGGACUUAAAACAGAAGGGACCUCAUGUUUCCUCAAAGGGAAGACGGCAAGCAGCCAUGCGACUAGCUUCUCAACUUGCCGCCCUCACUAUGUGCGACGAAGACUAG